UACGAAGUAACGGAGAGCUACUUGUACGUCCCACACUGCCACUCCCACAUUUCACAUCCUCUAUCCUGCUGUCCCAACUCCCAACCGGCAACCGGAGCUCUUGAAGGAGAAACGUUUCGAAGUUCAACUUUUCUGACUUCAGAGGCCGCUUGGAGCAGAUCAUGAGCGAAUCGGAGGACAUGAAUUUCAUCUACAAGAACUCAAAAGCACCAAUCGAAGCCCGAGUGAACGACCUCCUCUCCCGAAUGACCUUGAAAGAGAAGGUUGGUCAGAUAGCUCAGAUAGAGCGCCGUGUCGCAACUCCCUCUGCACUUAAAGAUUUUGGCGUAGGGAGUGUACUUAAUGUUGGAGGUAGCAUGCCCUUUGAGAACGCUCUGUCAUCGGAUUGGGCUGAUAUGGUUGAUGGGUUCCAGAAGUUGGCCCUUGAAUCGCGACUGGAAAUACCCAUUAUUUACGGGACUGAUGCAGUUCACGGUAACAAUGGUGUCUAUGGUACCACCAUAUUCCCUCACAAUGUCGGCCUUGGAGCCACUAGAGAUGCAGAUUUGGCAAAAAGGAUAGGGGUUGCAACAGCUCUCGAAGUAAGGGCAUGUGGCAUUCAGUAUGUUUUUGCUCCUUGUGUGGCUGUAUGCAGAGAUCCAAGAUGGGGAAGAUGCUAUGAAAGCUAUAGUGAAGACACUGACAUCGUUAGAAAAAUGACUUCUAUUGUAACAGGAUUGCAGGGACAGCCACUUGAAGGGCACCCAAAAGGCUACCCUUUUGUAGCAGGAAGAGACAAGGUAAUUGCAUGUGCCAAGCAUUUUGUUGGAGAUGGGGGUACUGACAGAGGUAUAAAUGAGGGAAAUACCAUAUCUUCAUUUGAAGAGCUGGAGAAGAUCCAUAUGGCACCUUAUCUAGACUGUAUAUCUCAGGGAGUUUCCACUAUCAUGGUAUCUUAUUCUAGUUGGAAUGGUCGGAAACUGCACUCCGACCAUUUUCUCCUGACAGAAGUUUUAAAAGACAAGCUAGGAUUUAAGGGUUUUGUGAUUUCUGACUGGGAAGGACUUGACAGACUUACCCAACCCCAUGGUUCAAACUAUCGUUACUGCAUCUCUGCAGCUAUUAAUGCUGGCAUUGACAUGGUGAUGGUGGCCUUUAGGUAUGAACAAUUUAUUGAGGAUUUAAUGUUUCUGGUACAAUCAGGGGAGAUACCAAUGGCCAGAAUUGAUGAUGCUGUUGAGCGUAUACUUCGAGUGAAGUUCGUUGCAGGUGUCUUUGAACAUCCAUUUGCAGAUAGAUCUUUGCUAGAUUUAGUAGGUUGCAAGCUGCACAGAGAACUAGCACGUGAAGCAGUUCGCAAGUCCUUGGUUCUGUUAAAAAAUGGAAGGAACCCAAACAAGCAGUUAAUUCCAUUAGACAGAAAUGCCAAAAAAGUUCUUGUUGCUGGAACACAUGCUGAUAACCUAGGAUAUCAGUGUGGAGGGUGGACUAUAGCUUGGCAUGGGAACGGUGGCAGGAUAACAAUUGGAACAACAAUGUUGGAUGCCAUAAAAGAAGCCGUGGGAGAUAAAACUGAAGUGAUUUACGAGAAAUAUCCAUCACCUGACACCUUGGCAAGUCAUGAUUUUUCCUAUGCUAUUGUUGUCGUCGGGGAAAGUCCAUAUGCUGAAGAGACUGGGGACAAUGCAGAGCUUUCAAUCCCCUUCAAUGGAACUGAAGUGAUAAGCUCUGUGGCUGAUAGAAUACCCACAUUGGCAAUAUUGAUAUCUGGAAGAGCCUUAAUUCUGGAGCCACGGGUUUUGGACAAGGUAGAUUCUUUGAUUGCUGCAUGGUUUCCUGGAACUGAAGCUGCAGGAAUUACAGAUGUUAUAUUUGGAGAUUACGACUUUGAGGGCCGGCUGCCUGUGACAUGGUUUAGAAAGGUUGAACAGGUGCCUAUACAUGCAGGACAAAAUUCAUCUGAUCCUUUAUUCCCUCUUGGUUUUGGCUUGGCAUUCAAAAAGGAUAAAUCCUCAGAUUGCAUACCCCUAAAGAACAAGGCUGGCGAGUUCCAUGUCACUGGAACCAAUGUUGAGCGCACGCAUAUAGCUGAAUGUCCUUCCAGUUCAUCAAUAAAGCUGGCUUCAAGUCAUUGUUAGGUCCUGUACUAUAUGUAAUGUUAAGAAUGUAUGUAAAUUUACAUUACUGAUCUCUUGUCAGAAGAAUGUAAUAAUUUCAAAAUAUCGAAUCUUAUCCGUUCGAAAAGUAGAUGAUUUGCA